AUGCGAGACGGACAGCCCUUGCGUGCAAGGGAUGGGCAAUCCAUGCCCAUGUUCCGCCUCCCAUGUUCCGCCUCCCAUGUUCCGCCUCCCAUGUUCCGCCUCCCAUGUUCCGCCUCCCAUGUUCCGCCUCCCAUGUUCCGCCUCCCGUGUUCCGCCUCCCGUGUUCCGCCUCCCGUGUUCCGCCUCCCGUGUUCCGCCUCCCGUGUUCCGCCUCCCGUGUUCCGCCUCCCGUGUUCCGCCUCCCGUGUUCCGCCUCCCGUGUUCCGCCUCCCGUGUUCCGCCUCCCGUGUUCCGCCUCCCGUGUUCCGCCUCCCGUGUUCCGCCUCCCGUGUUCCGCCUCCCGUGUUCCGCCUCCCGUGUUCCGCCUCCCGUGUUCCGCCUCCCGUGUUCCGCCUCCGCGUGUUCCGCCUCCCGUGUUCCGCCUCCCGUGUUCCGCCUCCCGUGUUCCGCCUCCCGUGUUCCGCCUCCCGUGUUCCGCCUCCCGUGUUCCGCCUCCCGUGUUCCGCCUCCCGUGUUCCGCCUCCCGUGUUCCGCCUCCCGUGUUCCGCCUCCCGUGUUCCGCCUCCCGUGUUCCGCCUCCCGUGUUCCGCCUCCCGUGUUCCGCCUCCCGUGUUCCGCCUCCCGUGUUCCGCCUCCCGUGUUCCGCCUCCCGUGUUCCGCCUCCCGUGUUCCGCCUCCCGUGUUCCGCCUCCCGUGUUCCGCCUCCCAUGCUCCACUCCUUUCCGUUUGUCCUCCCACUGCCCCCGCUGUCAGCAUGGCACGGUCCUGCUCACUGCUUCUCCUCUCUCCUCUUUCUCGCUUACCCCCAGCACGGUCGAGCAGCACGAGGCACUGCUUCUCCUCUCUCCUGUUUCUCGCUUACCCCCAGGUGGUGUCAACGCGAGCGCACGGGCUGCUGAAGCUGUGGAGUGUGAAGUGCGGGGAGUGUGUGAUGUGAACACGUGCGACGAGCACGAGGAUAAGCCGAAGAAAGCUGCUCAGCCAGUGAGCAAACCCACGGACAAUGGUGUUCGCGAGUCCGCGUCCAAGAGUCACCAUUCGGAGCCAGCGACGCCUCGUCCGAUGCUGAAGGAAGUGGGAGGCCCUUUCGCGGAUGAAACGCGCAUCUCGCUGGUGAAGAAGUUGAAUGAUUUGAAUUUCUCGUCCCUGGAGGAUCGCACUGCGGAGGGGUCUACUGAAGCAGGGGAGGAGAAGAAGAACACGGAUGAGGUGUCGUCCCCGGCCGUAGCUCCAGAGGUUCCUGCUGAAGGGGAAGAAGAAGAGGAGGAUGAGGAUGACGGGUACCUCAGCGAUGACCCGGAGGAACGUUUUGACCCCGUGAAGGCGGGGGAGAUCGCCGCGCGUGCUGGCUUUUCAAUCACGCUGCUGAUCCCGAUCAAGUACGAAGAGGAGGUGGAGCGGACUAUUGACACGGUUAAGGGUCUGCUGGCGCUGUGGAGAAAGUAUAUGUCGGCGCAUGUGUUGACAACGACGAAGUGUCAAGUGCUCUUACCGGCGUGGCUGUCAAAGAAGCGUUACGGACGGCUGCAAGUUACCUUUCAGCAGGCGUCGGACGCGAACUACGCGUGGUGCCGCAGGGUUGAGCACAAGAUGUUGAACGGGGUAGGCAUCACCCUUGACUAG